UGCCAAAACAAGAGGGCCACAUGUACAAAGGCAGAAAUACAUGGAAUAACAUGCUGUCAUCAGAUUCGCAUUUUAGAGAGAUGACUGGCCUCAGUGGAGAGAGUGGACUGAAGGGGGAGAGAAUGGAGGCAGAGAGUUGUGAAAAGCAGUCUUUGGGUCUUGGCUGGGUCGGCCAGCAGAUACCUUUUCUCAGCAUUGGUCUCUCCUGACUUACAUUUGGCCAACGCAUCGCCUCUCCGGGCUCUCCCUCCCUCCUCCUCCCCGAGGGCAGGCAGGCGGGCGGGCGGGGAAGCGAGGAGAGGGGUGGCCCUGCCUGGGUGGUCUCCUGCCCCGCCCCCCGCGGCGCCGUUGCCUAGCAACGGAUCCGGCCGCGCAGCUCCGGGUAAUUUGCCGGCGACUAAGCCAAAGGGAGGGCGUAGCCCCGGCCUUUCCCUUUUUCUUGGACUACAGACGCCUCCUCGGCACUGCGGUCGCCACCUCGAGCGGCGCCGGGCGUCGCGUAGCUGUUCCUGCACGCGGGACCGACUCCGGCUCGGCGCCCCGGGCCCGCACCGCCCUGCACUCCUACAGCUCACGGACGCCACUGUACACCCGUACCCGCGGCUAAGCGGCCCCGCUGAAUUCCGACGCGGGACCUCGCGGUACGCGGGACCAGGCCAGCCUAUGGGGGCUCCCAGAUAACGUGGGUUGGGGGCGCCCAUGCCCCCCAUCCCUGCCAGCAUGGCUCGGCCGCCACCCCUCGGGGAGCUGCCCCCGGGCUACACACCCCCAGCUCGAUCUGCAGCACCCCAGAUCCUAGCUGGGAGCCUUCAGGCUCCACUCUGGCUUCGUGCUUACUUCCAGGGCCUGCUCUUCUCUCUGGGCUGCGGGAUCCAGAGACACUGUGGCAAAGUGCUCUUCCUGGGACUUUUGGCCUUUGGGGCCCUAGCACUGGGUCUCCGCGUGGCCAUCAUUGAGACAGACCUAGAACAGCUCUGGGUGGAAGCGGGCAGCCGGGUGAGCCAAGAGCUGCAAUACACCAAGGAGAAGCUGGGGGAGGAGGCUGCAUACACCUCCCAGAUGUUGAUACAGACCCCGCGCCAGGAGGGGGAGAAUGUCCUCACGCCUGAGGCACUUGGCCUCCACCUCCAGGCAGCCCUCACCGCCAGUAAAGUGCAAGUAUCACUCUAUGGAAAGUCCUGGGAUUUGAACAAAAUCUGCUACAAGUCAGGAGUUCCCCUAAUUGAAAAUGGAAUGAUUGAGCGGAUGAUUGAGAAGCUGUUUCCCUGCGUGAUCCUCACCCCCCUCGACUGCUUCUGGGAAGGAGCCAAGCUCCAAGGGGGCUCUGCCUACUUGCCGGGCCGCCCCGACAUCCAGUGGACCAACCUGGAUCCAGAGCAGCUGCUGGAGGAGCUGGGCCCCUUUGCCUCCCUUGAGGGCUUCCGGGAGCUGCUAGAUAAGGCACAGGUGGGCCAGGCCUACGUGGGGCGGCCCUGUCUGCACCCUGACGACCUCCACUGCCCAUCUAGUGCCCCUAACCAUCACAGCAGGCAGGCUCCCAAUGUGGCUCAGGAGUUGAGCGGGGGCUGCCAUGGCUUCUCCCACAAGUUCAUGCACUGGCAGGAGGAACUGCUGCUGGGAGGCCUGGCCAGAGACCCCCGAGGACAGCUGCUGAGGGCAGAGGCCCUGCAGAGCACUUUCCUGCUGAUGAGUCCCCGCCAGCUCUAUGAGCACUUCCGGGGCGACUACCAGACACAUGACAUCGGCUGGAGCGAGGAGCAGGCCAGCACGGUGCUGCAGGCCUGGCAGCGGCGCUUCGUGCAGCUGGCGCAGGAGGCCCUGCCUGGGAACGCGUCCCAGCAGAUCCACGCCUUCUCCUCCACCACCCUGGAUGACAUCCUGCACGCCUUCUCUGAAGUCAGCGCUGCCCGCGUGGUGGGAGGCUACCUGCUCAUGCUGGCCUACGCCUGCGUGACAAUGCUGCGGUGGGACUGUGCUCAGUCCCAGGGUGCCGUGGGCCUCGCCGGGGUGUUGCUGGUGGCCCUGGCGGUGGCCUCGGGCCUCGGGCUCUGCGCCCUGCUCGGCAUCGCCUUCAAUGCCGCCACUACCCAGGUGCUGCCCUUCUUGGCACUGGGCAUUGGCGUGGAUGACAUAUUCCUGCUGGCACAUGCCUUCACAGAGGCUCCACCUGGCACCCCUCUCCAGGAGCGCACAGGUGAGUGUCUGCAGCGCACAGGCACCAGCGUUGCACUCACGUCCAUCAACAACAUGGUUGCCUUCUUCAUGGCUGCCCUAGUUCCCAUACCUGCACUGCGGGCCUUCUCCUUGCAGGCGGCAGUAGUGGUUGGCUGCAACUUUGCAGCCGUGAUGCUUGUCUUCCCAGCGGUCCUCAGCCUGGACCUGCACCGGCGCCACUGCCAGCGCCUUGAUGUGCUCUGCUGCUUCUCUAGCCCCUGCUCUGCUCGGGUGAUUCAGAUUCUGCCCCAGGAGCUGGGGGAUAGGACAGUAUCAGUGGGCAUUGCUCACCUGACUGCCACUGUUCAGGCAUUUGCGCACUGUGAAGCCAGCAGCCAGCAUGUGGUCACCAUCCUGCCUCCCCAAGCCCACCUGGUGCCCCCACCUUCUGACCCACUGGCCUCUGAGCUCUUCAGCCCAGGAGGGUCAACACGGGACCUUCUAGGCCAGGAGGAGGGGACAAGGCAGAAGGCAGCCUGCAAGUCCCUGGCCUGUGCCCGCUGGAAUCUUGCCCAUUUCGCCCGAUCUCAGUUUGCACCCUUGCUGCUCCAGUCCCACACCAAGGCCAUGGUGCUGGUACUUUUUGGGGCUCUUCUGGGCCUGAGCCUCUAUGGAUCGACCUUGGUGCAGGAUGGGCUGGCCCUGACAGAUGUGGUGCCUCGGGGCACCAAGGAGCAUGCCUUCCUGAGCGCCCAGCUCAGGUACUUCUCUCUGUACGAGGUGGCCGUGGUGACACAGGGUGGCUUUGACUACGCCUACUCCCAACGCGCCCUCUUUGAUCUGCACCAGCGCUUCAGUUCCCUCAAGGCGGUGCUGCCCCCACCGGCCACGCAGGCACCCCGCACCUGGCUGCACUAUUACCGCAACUGGCUACAGGGAAUCCAGGCUGCGUUUGACCAGGACUGGGCUUCUGGGCGCAUCACCCGCCACUCAUACCGCAAUGGCUCUGAGGAUGGGGCCCUAGCCUACAAGCUGCUUAUCCAGACCGGGGAUGCCCAGGAGCCUCUGGAUUUCAGCCAGCUGACCACAAGGAAGCUGGUGGACAAGGACGGGCUGAUUCCACCUGAGCUCUUCUACAUGGGGCUGACCAUGUGGGUGAGCAGUGACCCCCUGGGUCUGGCAGCCUCACAGGCCAACUUCUACCCCCCACCUCCCGAGUGGCUGCAUGACAUGUACGACACCACCGGGGAGAACCUUCGCAUCCCGGCGGCCCAGCCCCUGGAGUUUGCCCAGUUCCCCUUUCUACUGCGCGGCCUCCAGAAGACUGCAGACUUCGUGGAGACCAUUGAGGGGGCCCGGGCAGCGUGUGCCGAGGCAGGCCGGGCCGGGGUGCGUGCCUACCCCAGCGGCUCCCCCUUCCUCUUCUGGGAGCAGUAUCUGGGCCUGCGGCGCUGCUUCCUGCUGGCAGUCUGCAUCCUGCUGGUGUGCACUUUCCUCGUCUGCGCCCUGCUGCUGCUCAACCCCUGGGCAGCUUCCCUCAUAGUACUGGUCCUGGCAGUGAUGACCGUGGAGCUCUUUGGCAUCAUGGGUUUCCUGGGCAUCAAGCUGAGCGCCAUCCCCGUGGUGAUCCUUGUGGCGUCUGUAGGCAUUGGUGUCGAGUUCACGGUCCACGUGGCUCUGGGCUUCCUGACCUCCCAGGGUAGCCGGAACCUCCGGGCUGCCCGGGCCCUAGAGCACACACUGGCCCCGGUGACCGAUGGGGCCGUCUCCACAUUGCUGGGUCUGCUCAUGCUUGCUGGUUCCAACUUUGACUUCAUUGUAAGGUACUUCUUCGUGGUGCUGACAGUACUCACACUCCUAGGCCUCCUCCAUGGGCUCGUGCUGCUGCCUGUGCUGCUGUCCAUCCUGGGCCCCCCACCAGAGGUGGUACAGAUGUACAAGGAGAGCCCGGAGGUCCUGAGCCCACCAGCUGCACAAGGAGGAGGGCUCAGGUGGGGGGUAGCCCCCAUCCUUCCCCAGAGCUUUGCCAGAGUGACUACCUCCAUGACCGUGGCCCUCCGCCCACCCCCACUGCCUGGUGCCUACAUCCACCCAGCCUCUGAAGAGCCUACUUGGUCCCCUGCUGCCACACCAGCUGCCAGUGGCUCCAGCAACCUCAGUUCUAGGGGACCAUGUCCAGCCACCUGAUGAAAGAGCAGCUGAAGCAUGGAGACCCUUUUCAGGCCACAUGAAGGCACUGGGAAGCCGUGAGGGGUUACUGAACGCAGGGCAGACUCCUGGGGAGCCCUGCUGCUGCUGCUGUCUGCCUCCAUCCCCUCCCCGACCCAGCCAUCACAGACCUCCCUGGGAUCCACACAAAACCACCACCCUCUAGGCUGUGAGCAGCCUUGCACACCUGGGUGCUCCGUGCCUGUGCCCGUGCCCGGGUGGGGUGAAAGCCAGCAAGCACUUCAGGCUGCAGUGCAGCCCUGUCCCCCAUCCCACCCCACCCUGCUGCCCCCAGCAGACUAAGCCUGAGGGAUCCUCUAGCACCCUUCACCAGUCCUGGUCCCCCACUGCUUGCUGACUCCUGGGUAGGCUCUCUGUAUCCCUGCCCACCUCUCACCACAUAAAUUAUUUAUAUGGAGACGUUUAUUUUUGUAGUUUGUAUAGAUGUUAGCUAUGCUGAAAGUUUUAUUUUUAAAAGUGAAAUAUAUUCUAUAUGAACUCAUCUCAAA